AUGAAUACUCGGCCAGCCAUUGAAGGUCCCCCUACCCGGACGACCUUGUCGGCUUCCUUCAAUAGUGACUCGACCUGUUUUGUGGUUGGAUUAACGUACGGAUAUGCAGUCUUUAUGAGCAGGGACUGUGUUAUGAGAACAACCUCUGAUUUGAGGUCUGGGGUCGGAAUCGCCAGCAUGAGGGGUGUUAGCAAUGUGAUUGGACUUGUUGGCGGAGGGCAGCCUGCUAGAUGGGCCCCCAACAAACUCAUACUCUGGAACGUACAAGCAAAUAAGGUCUACCUGGAGAUCAGCACCUUACUGCCAAUCCGCGGCGUUCAGAUGUCAAUGGAACGGACAAUAGUCGUACUGAAGAACAGCGUACGCGUCUACAAGUUUGACAAAAAGCCCGACCUCAUAACAUCCUAUGAGACAGCCGACAACAUUCUGGGCCUUGCUGAACUGUCGGUAUCGGGGGAUAUGCUAGCCUUUCCUGGAAGGACACCGGGGCAGGUGCAGCUUGUCAAUUUUGCCACUGAUACUGUCCGCAUCAUUCCUGCACAUUCAUCCACCCUUGCAGCCAUCCGGUUCAGUCCAGAUGGAAGAUUAGUGGCUACAGCAAGUGAGAAGGGAACACUCAUUCGUGUAUUUUCCACUGCUACAGGCGGACGCGUGAUCGAGUUGCGGAGAGGUUUGGAUCCUGCAAAGGUGUUUUCACUGCGCUUCAAUCCGGCGGGAACCAUGUUGGCUUGCACCUCGGAUAAGGGCACACUUCACUUAUACGACAUUCCGGCAUCCAAGAGCGGCACCGACAACAACUUUGGUGUUUCCAGUGCGCAAACUGCGGUUAACACUCCAGGAGUGGGGUUCUCAGAUAGUGAUGUUAUCGUCAAGUCGCCGACGACAAAAGUGGGAAACGCGGCAAAUGGCGAGAGUUCCAGCACAAGCAACUCGUCUACAAGGUGGGGUAUUCUCGGCCAACUACCCCUGAUGCCCCGUUACUUUCGAGACGUCACAUCCUUUGCGCAAAUCACUUUCGCAUCCGUGGAUGAUUCGCCCAUGCCGACUACGUCUGCCACCAGCCCAGUCAGCAACACAGAGGACCUCGUUGGUGUCUCCAGAAGAAUUGGCAGUUCUCGGAAUGGGCAGCCGUUGUCCUCCAGCAAAGACAAUGACUAUUCCAUAAACAUCAAACCCAACAAAGGCGAGAUUGGCUGGCCAACGGAGGAUGAAAUAAUCGUCAUUGGAGCAGGUCACGACGCACGCUGGGAGAGGUUCCAGCUGGUUCAAGAACAGACGGGAGAAAGGAAUCUUGUUAGGUCCGGAUGGAAAAGAUUUAUGACGCAGAUAUAA